CUUAUAAAAGCAAAGUAGAAAUUAGACAACUCAGCUAGAGUCGACGAGCUCGCUAACUUGCAAAGGAAGUCAUGCCUUCACCAAUUCACUGGAUGCGCGGUGCCAAUGUGCUAGUAUUCUUCAUGUGUUUGCUCAUCGGCACUCGCAGCGGCGUCGCGCAAGCUUCCCCGCCACUAGUCGGCCACUCGCCGACGGACCCUCAGUCCCCCGUGCCGGCGGCCACCAACCCGAGCCCGCCGGUGGGCCUGCCGCCGCCAGCACCACCGUCACCGGCUCCUCCAGUCGUGUACCGCAAUGACCAGAUCCUGCGCAUCGCAGCGGGCCAGACCUGCGACCCCGCCGCCAACUUCACACGCGUGUCAGGCCCGGCCUGCGCCCUCGUGGCAGGGCCCAUCGACGCCCCCAACGGCAACAACUACCUGUCAGGCCUGCCGAUAUGGCCCCCCUCCGAUCCCCGCUUCCCCCGCUUCAGCUAUGUGCUCAUGACCUCGACCGGCCAGCUCUCCACCAUCCGUUACAUUGGCGGCGCGGCGUGGUCGAUUGAUGGUGCCGGCGGCAAUAUCACGCGGUUCGAGGCGUCCACGCGGCGGCGCGCACAGGAGGUGGGGCCCUCGCCCACACCCGCGCCCGUUCCCGCGCCCCCGCCUGCCCCCGGACCGGUGGUGGCGCUGGUGCUGCGCUCUGACGGCUCGUUUGUGUUUGCUCGGGCAGACGGCUCAUCCACGGGGGUGGGGUCGGCAACACUUGGGGUGGCGCGCGCCGGCACGGGCGGCGAGGCCAACGCGCCUUUCACUCUGCGGUUGCUGGAUUUCCCUGGCCGUGCGCCGUCUCUUGACCUGGGCAUUUACAACAAGGAUGAAAAGCUGGUGUGGAGCCUGUUUGGCGCCGGCGAAGCCUGAGUGACUGUUGUUAAUUUCAAUGCCGGAGGUGUGUGUUGGGUGCUAAGCUGAGGCUGUGUCAUGGUACGUAACUGAUGGUUUCCGCUCGAGCGCAGCGAGUUGUCGGAAACCAAGGUUUCCUGCGCUCGGAGUGUGCACAGUUGUGGGCCCCGAAGGGGCGUGGCGUGUGUGUGUUUGUUGUUUGGGGCCCAUGCGCGGCAUGGGCGGUGGGCCCGGUUAAGUAGCGGAGCGCUGUGUCGCGCUCGCUACUUUGCGAGUUUCGUUCUGUCAGUACUGACGCCGUCGUCCCUGGCUACGCUCUAUCUUUGCGUGGCUACACGGCGGUUCGGGCUCGCCCUCCCAACCCCGCACGAAGACCGCAGUUCUCUGCUUGCAGGUACCCUCUCCGGCGGCGGAGCCGCCCUCACAAAAUUGUAACACGACGCAAUGCAUGGAAACGUGUGGUGACCGAGAUUGCGCAAGUUGUGACAGGGCAGCGCAAGAUAUCGAAUAUAAACGUUGUCUGGCAUUGAUGUGAAUGUGCAGUGGGCUGUGUUUGAGUUCUUGCAGGGGACCCCCCUUUGGUUUUGUGUGCCCUCAGCAGGAUGGCAUGUGGGCUCUGAUGUGAACUGGUACCAGCGGUCACAUCAGGGAUGCAGGAUGGGAACGACGGCCACUAGGUGGCUAGCUUGUCGGCUCGCAGGAUGGCUCAUGAAGAUUACGGCACUUGAUAAUAUCAGAUGGGAAUUGUGGGACAUUGCCCGUAGUCAAAGCUUGCAGGGAUUCAUGUAAGCUGUCGGCGGU